UCCGAGGCAGUGUUUUGCCUCCCAGCCUUGUGAAUGGAGUGAAACGGGUUAACUCGUCAGUUUGUUACAGUUACAGCAAUGUAUCCUCCGUCCGUCUGCUUUAGCGCUCCUGUCGCUAUACAAUGUGGCGUAUCUGCUUAUUUUAUUGCACAACGCGCUGUAUUUCCCCACUGUGGUCCAACUGUGAGGCUUUUUAGUUGAGAAAGACUUUUCAAAACAGGGCUACAGCAGGGUUAUCGAAUGAUCUUUGAAGGCUCAGUGUCCAUAGGUGUUCAAACUGCAUGCGAAGUGUCAAUUUUCAUCUAUUGAUCGCUAACUCCCAACAAAUCCCUUCCUCCUACCAGAGCAAAAAGGUUCCCAGUGGGGUGUUAAAGCACAGUUGUCCAUGUGACAGGAGUCCUAAAGUAACAGAAGACAAAAAUGAAGCAACACUGUGAUAUCAUAGCGGCUGGUCCAUGACACUAAACUUCUUUCAGCCCUCUCCACUAUCCACCCGCCCUCUGCUCUCAUCAGACCGGAAAACCAAUCACUCACUCUCCCAUCUACACAAAACUGCACAAUGGCCAGCAAGAGGAAAUCCACUGUACCAUGCAUGAUACCAUCCAAAUCCAAACAUGUGCGUGAGGAAAUUAUACUGGGCUGUCUACCAGAACUCCUACCAACCAUCCCGGAGGACAGCAUACUCAGUAUCUCUGGAGAAGACUCUGGCCAUUUCUCCCAAAACUCCUCCAAAUCAGAGGGUGGCAAUGAGAAGCAGAAAGGGGGCACAUACAGCUGUGCCACCUGCCAUUUUGAGUCCAGAGACCUGAACUACUUUUUGGAUCACAUGCACAACUGCCACUUAGACUUCAGGGCCCAGCCCACCUUUUACUGCCUGAACUGUGGGGUGUCAGUCGUCCGCUUUGAGGCCCUGGCUCUGCAUAAUGCUAAAGCCCAUCCUGGCAUCAUGGAGGGCUUGAUCACUGCCUCCCUACAUGUCAACAAGAGGGAUGGGUUGACCACUGUGGAGCAAAGUCUCUUCACAGACAGUGGAGAGGACUACACAGAAUCUGGGAUCUCCCUCACUAAAACACCAAUCGCAAAGAUGAUGAAAGCCAAGGGGGAGCACAAAAAAAUAGUGGUUUCCCACACUGUAGAGGUACGGAGGAUAGACACUGGAAAGGAUGUAGACCCCAGCAUGCUGACAAAUGUGCCUGAACUCCAAAACGGGGCUCUCAGUGUUUCUGGUGCCCCAGCUAUGCCGAGGACCACUGUCUCUCACAUGAUUACGACGACAGUGUCCAAUCAAGUCUUUCACCAGCACACUCCCUCCCUUUACUCCUCCCCCUCCUCUGAUUCCAAUAAGGACCUUCCAAAGGUGAUGAUCCCCCUUAGCAGCAUCCCCACCUAUGAUGCCGCCAUGGACACCAGCAGCUUUCUCAAGACUUCCUUUGGCAAGUUCCCCUACCCUACCAAAGCCGAACUCUGCUAUCUAACAGUGGUAUCUGAGUUCCCUGAAGAGCAGAUCAAACUGUGGUUUACUGCCCAGAGGCUCAAGCAGGGCAUAAGCUGGUCUCCCGAGGAGAUUGAAGAGGCCAGGAGGAAGAUGUUUAACACCGUCUUCCAGGGUGGAGCACCCCAAAAACAGGCCUCUGCACAAAGGCACGUCAAUCAUAUUGUAACCCACCACACUGUCACUGCCCAUCCUGCCCAAUCAGGCCCAAUGGGACCAAAUUACCAGAUGGCCAAAGUUCCCUAUGGCAGUUUGAAAGGUAGGCCUACUGGGAUUAUGGUCACACAGGCUAACAUGUCAACCAACCCCCAGGUCACUAGGGUCUCAUAUUCUACCCCGGUAAUCCCUCCAAAGUUUCCAUCUGUAGUCAGAACAACACAGGUACUGACCAAGAGUAUUCAACCCACCAUUGAGCCAGACAAGAGCAAUGGCCUCGGCCUCGACAUGGCUGGAAGCAGUGGUUGUGUCAGUAGCACCAGCAGCAGUCGAAGCAGCAGUAGCAGCAGUAGUUGCAGUAGUAGCAGCAGCAUCAGCAGUUAUUCCAGUAGUAGUAAUGGUGGUGAAACUGUCACCCGGAGACCUGUGCAUAACAGCAGCCCAACCAACAGCAUCAACAGCAUUGCCACUUGCUCUACCAACAUUAGCAAUAAUGAUGAGCACUGCAUUGCUAACAACAAUGGCAAACCAAAUGUCAAAAGCAACAGUAUACCGAUAGGACUGGAGGGUUCCAACCAUAACAAGAGUAAAGUGAUCAUCAAUAACUCCAACACCAGCAAAUCCGACAUCACCUGUAACAAUCAUAACAACAGCGCCAUCAGUCCACAAGAGCAAUCCCAGGCCACAAAGGCCGAUGACGAUCGCAACAACUAUAUUCACAAAACCAACAACAGCAGUAUUAGCGACUGCCCCAGCACUACAUGUAACGACAAUGUCCCUAACCUGAAUCAUGCCAGCAAAUCUCCAAAUGAAAGCACCAGCACCACUGUCAUUACCAAAAGCAGCAGCAGCAACUCAUCCAUUUUGGAUGAGGGUAAAUGCAACAAGGACUUUCCCAUAAAAGGCAUGUCAAUCUUACAGCAACUCAUUAAGGAAGAGGACCCCAUUGUGGGCGACCAAAACAGUCCAGAGAUGAAAGUUGACCCCAUCAAGAUCAACCUGAAAAGGCUGAAGAUGACCGAACCAGAGACAAGGUCCGGCUCUGAGAUGGUUCCUUCAGAGCUUAAGCCAGAGAUGGCGGAGGUGCCUACUUCUCAGCCAUCCUUCUCACCCCCCUGGGGCAAGAAGACCACCCAGCAGGUGCACAUCCUCCGGCAGGUCUUCUCCAGCACCCGCUGGCCCAGCAGCCAGCAGUACGAGGAGUUGAGUGUCCGCACAGGCCUGCCCAAGUCAGAGGUGGUGCGCUGGUUCAGUGACAGCCGUUACAGCCACAAGAAUGGACACCUUCAGUGGCUGGAGAGCUAUCAGCGUCUGCCUGCGGAUUCAGAGGAAGUGAAGGUUCAUGGAGACACUGAAGCUGAGGCACUGAAGGACCCUCUGAUGGCUCAGAGGAAACCCUUGGAGCAAGACAUGAACAAGCAGCCUGAGGGAGAAGCAGGACUGAACUCAGAACAGCGUGUUGUAUGGCAGGAUUCAUACUCGCCGCUACUUGGUCCAGUGGGGUCAGAGGAGACCGGAGAGCGAGGGAAAGCUGAGGAGUCAGUGCAACCGGGAGCUUUGCAGGAUCCCUGGUCAGAGAGAGUGGACGACCAACAGCAGCCAAUGACCAGUCAGUCCUUCAUGGAGCAACAGACUGAGGCCAAUCAGGCCAGGGAUCGCAUGAGGAUGGAGCUGCUGGAGGUGUGAUGAAGCAGGCCCGAUCUCGCCAGAGGAACAGGAUGGUUAAGGCUGGCUCGCUCCCUGGCCGUGGUCUAGAGUGUUCAUUAUGACAGCAGAUGUGAUUGUAGCUGGACCGUUGGACUCUGACUGUAACUGUGAAUACCCCCCACCCCUCCUCCUCUUCCUCCUCCUCCUCCUCCUCUUCCUCCUCCUCCUCCUACUUCUCUUCCAUCUGCCAUCGUCAAAAGAAAGAACUUCUCACCUUUGAGUCCUGUGAUGUUUAAGCCUUUCAUGCUUCUUUGUGGUUGUGUGGGGAGGGUGCACAAUGAGGUCAGUACGAGAGAUUAGACAAAAAGAUAAGAAAGAGAAAAGACGCACACUGACUGGAAAACUGACUUGAAUGAGGGAAGAUAGACGAGGGCCGAGAGAUAUUGUUUUUGGGCAGAGGGAGAAAUAUAUAUAUAUGAUUGAAACUGCACUAUAAAGGAGGGUUUGUACUGACUGGACAAACAAACGAUGUGUCAAGGAAAUGUUAUUGUUGGCUUUGUGAUAUUUUUUACUUUUUUAGCAACCAGUACUUCAGCACUGCCUUGAAUUUUACUUUUUCCGUUAUUUGGUUUUUCAAUUCUAUUUACUCUUCUAUAGUCACUGUAAGUCCAGAUGCAAUCAAACAUGUUUUAUUUAGAUCUGUAUAAAUGUUGGUGAUCACUUAGCAAUUCAGCUACACGCAAGAGACUAUAUACAAUGCACUAAUGAAGACAGCAAUGCUAAAAUCACACUGCCCCACAGUAAAGAUAUUGACAGCUCUGUCAAGAUCAAUACACUACACUGCCCUGCAAACUGAACAGAGAGAAGCCUGUCACGCUAACGUUGCCUUACUCAGCUCUGUCCAUGUGUUGAUAUGACCUGUCAGCCCAUCACCUUGCUUUCCAGCUACUGUGCUGUCCAAAAAAAAAAUAAAUUGCCAGUGCAUCGAUGGUCACUGUUGGUCUAUAUCUGUGAAAAAAAAAUAAUAAUAAAAUUAAAAAAAAAUCUUGUGCUGCUUUCUGUACACUUGGAAAUGUUUAACUUUUAAGCUGUAAUUGUAUCAAAUAUUGUUACUGGCAAAAUGUUGUUCAAGGCAAAAUUAUCAAUUUGAUCCCUAGACACUGACAGAGUGAGAUAUUGUGCUAGCUAGAGAGCCAAAUGAGGAGACCUUUCCUCUCCUCUGAAUUUUCUUGUGUUCAUAUAAACAUACAGUCACUACAUGAAUCCUAUUAAGCUGCAUCUUUGUCAAGCUGCUAAUAGCUAAGAACGGUGCUAUACCAUCCAAAGUGAAAUUGGAGGUUGAUCUCCUACCAGCAGUGUAUGCACUUGUGUCGAAUGUUACAAAUUUAUUUUGGUUUGAGAUAAAUGGAAUCUGGACUUACGGUGUUAUGAUCACUUAAAACUUUUAUGAAAUAGUCUGAUCAUAAAGCACUGUUGUAUCAUCCUUUCUACACUUCUGAAUCUUUACAGAAUAAACAGAAUACUCACCAAGCA